AUGUCAACCACACACCCUUUUAGUAACUUUUGCAGUGGCCCUCAUCGAUUCUUGGGAGCAUUCCGCGACAACGUUUUGGAAUUUGUUCAAGAAUUCGAUAAUCUUGGUGAGUUUCUGCAUGGCAUGAACGUUUGGCGCAGGCAGCUUACAGUGGAAGGACAAGGUGUUACGGUCCCCCUCUACAUCAUUGAAGAAGAUGUGAAGAAACUGUCCAAACGACAGACUUGUGACCAUUGCCGGAUAACAGGUUGGAGCAAGCAUCUCCUGUGCAACCGAUCAUACCAUGUGAUUAUUCUGUCGGAAGAGGAUUGGAAUAAGCCUCUACAGAAUGGUGUGCUUGAUCUGCAGAACCACAUCAUGUAUGGCUUGAUUCACUCUGAUGGUUACGGCCAUUUAUUGGGCAUAAGGGGACAUGAUGCGGGCUCUGCUCAUCUUAGUGGCACUGAGAUUAUGGACUUGUGGGACAGAAUGUGUACUCUUCUUAGGACCAGAGCAAUCUGUGUUAAAGACAAUUCUAUGAAAGCUGGGAUGGAUCUUCGAUUGUUGUUCGGAGUCGCUUGCGGACGUUCGUGGUUUGACAAGUGGGGAUACAAGUUCUAUCGUGGAAGCUACGGGAUCAGUCGCUUCGCAUACGUUGAUUCACUGAACCACAUUGGGUCACUAGAGCUUUCAAAGAUGACCGAGUCCUCCUUUGGCCACCAGUUGCAAGCAUUACUUUCGCGAUACAGGGACUUUCGAACGCUCAAAGAUCUUCUCUCCCAUCUUGUUGGGAUGAUUCAUGAGGCAGAAAAUAUGAAGAGGAAUAGCAGGAAUGUUGAUGACAUAAAGGAGCUCAAGGACAAUAGCAAAUGCAAAGCUGACAAAAUCCGCAUAGCAGUGAAUCAAUUCAAGGAGAUACUAGGCAAUGGUGCUCCUUUGAUGCCCCGAAAAGCGUUACGGGAAGCAGCGGUUGACUUGGCUCGAGCAAACAAGCAAGCUAACAGGCCAUCAGUAGGGGCUACCGCCGUUCUAGAUCAUGUGUUGUCCAACCUAGACAACGUGGUGGUUGAUGAACAUCACAUUUUUGCCCGUACAAUCACAAAGGACCACAAUGGUAGGGAUGUUUAUCAUUUGCAGCUGAAGGAGGUACCAUGGGAAGGACAAAUAUACAAUCGUACAUGCAAUGAUAUAAAACGUCUCUAUGACUCUUAUGUGAAGAUGGAGGGAUUACCCGGAGCAGACUCAAACGGAGAAGUAAAGAAAGUAAAGGAGUGUGUUCAAAUUAUACAGAAUUGUAAACAUUUUGUGAAAGAAUUUGACAUUGCUGCACAAGGGGAAUCUUUGCCACUGACAUUCAUAUGUCAAAUUCCAUGGCCAAACAUUGAUUGGAGGGAUGAGCAUCACUCCAAGAAAAUCCAAGAGGAAAGGGAGUCACCAAUUGGAGACAUGGUGGUUGUUGUUCCAGGUGAUGCAACUAUUGGAGAUUUGAAGGAAAAUGCACAGAAGGGACUGAAGGACAGUUACUAUUUCAUAAAAGAAUGCUUUGAAUUGUCCAACAUAAUGCUUUGAAUUGUCCGACAUCUUUCUCAGAUUGUGUGAUACAACACCAGCUUCUAGGGUUUUGAAUGAUAAUCCAGUUAAAUUGAUAGGGGAUGGCUUCAACGCGAAGGAUAUGAACUGUGGUUCCAAUGUGGUUUUGACCACCUGAAGACGUUCCUCUGUAAAUGCCCAGCCAAGGAGGAAGACGGUGAGAGGAUGGUGGAAUGCGACACCUGCGGCAAUCGGUGUCAUACAUUGUGUAUUGAAGGAAGGACCUCCGGUUACUUAUGACUACUCUUCAUUAGGGUUUUAUCUAGUUAAUAGCUGUCUAUUUUCUUCUUGAUCUUAUCAUCUUGUGUAAGGGUCUUAUCUCCUCAUUUCAAGGAAGAUUAGUGUGGCCCUAUGCCGGCUGCUUUGCAUGAUUUAAGGAGAUUAGUGUGGUUGAUUAGUGUGGCUCCCUAUGUCUCAAUUAGCUGUCUUGCAUGAUUUAAGGAGAUUAGUGUGGCAUCCUAUGCUGGCUGUCGUGAGUGUUGAGUGCAGUUUGCAACUCAC